CUAUCAAAUUUCUACCUAAGAAGUUCUGGAACAAAUUUAUUAAUGUGCCUGGAUCUACAAAACUACUGUCAGAAGUGGCUAUAAAUGUGAUCGUGCAUGAACCUCCAAAAAGCCCCUACAUUGUGCAAAUGAUCGAAUGGUUUGAUCAGCCAAGUCAGUUCGCCAUAGUUAUGGAAUAUCCGCAUCCAUGCGAGACCUUGCUAGACUUUUCCAUGCGCCAUGGAAAUCGCCUAGAUGAAUCUGUGGCACGUGGCUUAAUGCGGCAAGCGGUGCUUGCAGCUAAACACUGCAUUGAACGGGGUAUUUUCCACAAUGACAUCAAGACGGACAAUUUGCUGGUCAACACAGAGACACUGCAGCUCAAACUAAUAGACUUUGGCUGUAGUCAACGUAUUAACAUGUCUUGUUCUGAAGAUCAUCAAUAUGCAGUCAAAUCAACAGUCUGGUCUUUGGCUACAACACUUUUGGAAAUAGUAUGCGGAGAACGGCCCAUAAGUGAUUUUCUCUACAAUGCACAUCAUCCUUUGACUCCAAAUACUUCCACUGGUGAGUCUACAGCACACAUCAAUAAUACACACAUUAAGUCGUGGUACAAUAUCAGAGUGUUUACAGUACCAAUGACAAAUUAACAAAGUGUAACACACAGGAGAUUGCCCUUAUUUAA